AUGAGUAGUACCGCAGACGAAGAGCUAAUUCGUGAUAGGCUGUUGGUGGAAGAGCGUCAACUUCUUCGAGUCGUCAAGAAACACGCGGCAUGGAGGAACUCGCUAAUAAAAGGACAGAUCCCUGAAGCGUCACAAUGUUGUGCAGACUUUUUACUGGAUUUCAACACCUAUGUACAGAAUCUGUUGCGCUUUCAGCGGAUUCAUGACAUGAGCGUACGAGAGCACAUACACUGGGAAGAAGAAUCUCAAACGAUUGCCGCUCAAAUAGAAGAAGCAAAAGCAACUAUUGCUCAAUUAGAAGAGGAAUUACGGGCGGAAGAGAUAUUAGUAAUAAACAAGAAGGAAUACAAUCGCUUAGCAAAGGAUAUAUCAUUACACAAGUCCCGGAGAGAGUUAACGCAAGAGAUAGAUGAAUUAGAACAAAAAAUAGCCGAACUGGAUCAACAAGACAGAAAUCUCGACGACCAAGUUCUCCAACGACAAUUGCAAAUCAAACGAGUUCUUUCAGCAGUUGAUAAUGCAUCAUCGGAUCUUACGGCCGAUGAAGACAUAGAUAUGCCAGACGCACGGCCUCACUCGCCCAAUACUCAGCAUGCCGACGUUGUCAAUUCGAGAUCUGAUGAUAAAUCACAUAAUAGUCGUCAGCGCAAUAACCGCGAACAUUCAUCAAACUACAGUGAAAAUCAUACAAGGAAUAGAGAGCGUCACGUUGAUGAAAGGGAACGAUCUUUUAAUGGAGAAGGGAGACGAAGCAGUUAUCACAAUUCAAACUCUCGGGACAAUAUGUCACGCGAUGAACAUUAUUAUAACACUAAUCGACGUCGUUCAAUGAAUAACACGAAUGACACGAACAAUCAUUCAAAUAGUGAACGUCGACACUCUGACAACAAUCGAGGAAACUACGCAACUGAGCCUCGUCCUCAUUCUACUCAUCAGUCUCCACAAUCCUCUGCGUCCGCAAGUGAGCGUCAUACGACAAACUCUGUGUCUAGGAGUUCUUCGCUCGAUAAAGUUAGCGAGUCGCCCGAGCAGAGAAGUGCAAUGGAAGAACCCGAAAAGGAAAACGAGAAUGAUCAACAGCCCGAGUUGUCAACGUGGGAUCAUUCCCAUGAAGAUUCUCCGAAUACACCGGAUAUGAAUGAAGAUAUGCAAGGUGAUAUCAACAAUUCGCUUCAUGCCGAUCUCCAGUCCAACGACAGCGCAUCGAAUGACGAUCCAUUGGCGGUGAAUAGCCCCAGUAUAGUCGACGAUACGGAUGAUCCGUUGGCGAUUAAUUUCAUCAAUCGUGAAGACGAUGAUCCACAAUUGGAAGACCUUAAAUUCACGGUCCACUCUAUUUCCAUUGAAAAGUAA